AUUGACAGCAAACUUGAGUUGAUUCAUUUCGGAGAAAAACUUUUAAACUUUUAAACUUUUAUUUAUUUAUAUAUUUAUUUAUUUUUUACAGGAGAGUUAUCACAAGGAAUAACCCAAAAAACUUUGAAGACGGCUAACAGAAAGCUGGCUGACAAAGGUGUGUUAUAAUACAACCAUGCCGGACGUUGAACCACUCAGAUUCCCAUCGAGGGAAGGUCGACCAAGUCAGCAAGAUCAAACAGAUCUUCAAGCUGUCUGCUCUGGUAGACGUCGCACUUGUGCUUUGCUCAAUAGUCCCUCGCCAAGUGUCAACAGUGCUAUUUACCAUAUCCAAGAGAUGAAGAUGACUGUGGAAAAUUGGUGUCAACAGUCCGGAAAAUAUCAGCCACAAAUUGAUCAGGACAAGCACCAAUACAGUAAAGCUUUAAGAUUUCAGUCCAGAGACUCUGAUACUGAAUCAGUGACGUCGACAGAGUUGUUCGUUGAAGGCAUCGCAAUUAGUGCAAGAGUUUUUCAUCCUCUAGAAAGUUGUCCAUUAUCGCCACUAUUGAAGAAAAUAAAUGAUGUCCUUGGAGAGGUUGUGUAUCUGAUUGAGCGGCUGGAGGCUGAUAGGCAGUAUGCAGAGGAAGCUCUCUACAAAGAGAAGAGGAGAAAAAGGUUUUUGGAGGACAAAGUUGACAGUAUUUCACUGUGGAAGCAACAAGAGCACUCCUUUGUAGUCCAAAAAGAGCAUGAGGCUUGCAUUCGAGACAUCACUGAACUCAAGUGGCAGCUAAAACUGGAAAGAGAGAAACUUGAUCAAACCCAGGAGAAACUGUCACAUACUGAGGUGUUGAACCAGCGCUUACACGAGGACAUCAGUUUUGCCAAAAAACAAGUUCCUGUUGUGAAGGAAAACCUCGACCUACAGAGAGGAAUCAUAAGUCAGAUCAACGCUGCACAAGCUGAGGCUGAUGAAGUCUGCUCAAAAACACAAAGUGAUCUCAGACUGCUUCAGAUGGAGUUAAAAAAGAUGGAGCUGGACGCCAACAAUGAAAAGACAUCACUUGAACAUGCACUGUUGAUGAUGAAGAAUGAUCUGGAUAACAGAUUGGAAGAUUUAAAGGCGUUGAAGAUGCUCAAGGAAGGUAUAUGUGGUGAAAUAAAGGAUACAGAAAAGACGAUUGCUCUUACAGAAGAAAAGUGUGCAGCCAUAACACAACGUAUCCCUGAAACAAUGGAGCUCGAGAAAACUGAAAAAGACAGGAUUUUGCAAUCGAAACUUCAAAUUGAGGAUGAAAUGCAACAAAAUAAGAAAUUAAAAGAGAAACUAAUUGCACUGCAAGAAGACAUUGAGAAAACUAGACUUAAUGGGGAAGCAGAGGUCUCCUGCAUAGAAGAGCAGCUCCGUUCAAAGCAGAAUACUUUUGCAGCACUUCGGAAAGAAAACAUGCAGUAUGAACAGAACGUAGAAGACUACAAUAUAAAACUCAGUGAGAGCAAGAAAGCAGUGAAGCAGAUGCGUGAGGAGAGGAAGCAGAUGCUCCAGAAAAUCAUUGACAAUGACGAGCAGUGGGAAAAGGCCAAGGAGGAAGUGACCCAAGUUAUAGCCCAGCACAGUGUCACCCAGACUAAACUGGAUGAGCAGGAGCAGCUCACCUUCAUGGAAGAACAGAGGGCCAGGAAAGAGAUAGAAAACCUGAGGAAAGAUCUGUCAGGUCAGGUGACGGCCCUGGAACUACUGAAGGGUGAGUGUACAAAUCUAAACAAGGAAUUGUAUCGACAGCAGAGGAGCUCAGAGCUAACUAAUCAAAAGCUUCAGAAAGAAUUUGAAGAUGCAUCCUCAGCAACAAAAGCUCUGGAGACAAAAAUUGAGAAACUCAAGAAAUUGACAGAAAAUUUGGAAAAGAUUCAGCGUGAACACAGGAACAGAGUAGGCAAACUUGAGGAGGAGAAAAAAGUCAAGUGUGACCACCUGAAAGCUGCCCAGGAUUUAUACGCAGCAACUAUAAAGAAACAUGACGAUACUCUGGACAUGAUUAGGGACCUUACGCAGAAGAGCAAAGAACACAGAAAUGCUUCAGAUAAAAUGGAAAAAAUAGUUGAAAGUAUGCCAGAGGUCAUUGCAGAUCUUCAAAGUGUUUUUGAUGUGGUGGAAUUCAAAAACAAAUCAGCUGCUCUCAUAAUGAGCACCUUGCAGUCUGAUAUUAAUAACUGCCAACAACGAACACAGCGAUCCAUGCAGACACACACUGCUCAUGUUACAGCAAGAAAAAAAGAAAUGGAAGACACCAAGGAAGCAUUAGAAAUUGCACUGAAAGAGAACAAACAGCUGGCAAGCCAGUACGAAGGUCUUAAGAAGAUCCUCAUGGAGGCCAAACAGGAAGCAGUGACUGCAUUGAGCGAGAAAAACCAUGCACAUAAAUCUUUUCAUUACUACACACAGCUCUCUUUGUUGCAGAAGAGGAUGCACAAAGCUUUGGUGAAAUACUUCAGACAACGCAGCCUCUACAGCCAGGCUGAACUGGACCAGUGCCAGGCUCUUUCUCAAGAGACCGACCAGAAAAUAAAAACAGCCCAGAAGAGCAGCAGCAUAUUCUGCAAGGUUGAGAAGUAAGGAUCUUCAUUUAGAGGAUAAUCGGUGUCUAAUCUGUGCUGUGAUGUGAGAUGAGGUCAAAGCGGACAGAGAGACAGUGAUGAAUCUUUAUGAAAUGUCCUGUCCAGCAUUACCGCAGAGCCAGGUGGCAUGGCAACCAUACUAUGAACUACUUCCAUCCUUUCUACUUUUUCUUUUAGCACAACUGUAGGGCAUCCCAAACCUCCAUGUUUGUCAUUUGCAAUCUGUAGUUUUUGUUGGUUAAUUUGUUGUUCACCAAAAAUGAAAAAUUCAACUUCAUCCAAUAUGCUGGAGGCAAAAUAUGCGCACAUUCGAUUAGAGGUUUUCCAGGGAGUACCCAAUGAAAAUACUAUUAAGUGGUUUCCUUCUCAGUUCCUCCUCCUCUGACUGCUGACAUGUUUUUUUGAUGGGACUGGUCCAGACAUUACAGGGAGCAGCCAUGUCUCACUGGCCCAGCCUCAAAAGGCCCCAGCAGAUCACAGCUCAAGGCAGGGAGGAGUAGGGCACAGGGGGAGGAGCUAUCAGAGAGCUGCAGAGUGUGAAGGACAAAAGAGCUGGUGUAUUCAAGCGCACCACACCGUCACCCGUCACAGCUCAGCACAGGGUCCAUCAGAGCAGGCAACACUCACUUUAAACAGGCUCCU